AUUGGAACACAAAUUAGCAACAAUACCGGAAAUUAAAUAAAAUCCAUCUCAUCCGUCAAAUACGCCUAUCAUUGGUGCGUUGAUCACACGCGCGUCAAUUGUCCGUGUACCAGACAGUCAUCAAUUUUACCCGUAGGGACAGACUGCUGGUGGCUCCACCGUCAUUAAAUCCUCUCUACCACCCCCCACUCUCACUCUUCCCUCCCUUUUCUUCUCACUCCUGUCUCACUUUCUCUCUCUACAGUCUCUCUCUCUAAAGUCCCAUCCUCAACAUCACUUUUUUUUUCCUAGUUCAACUUUUUACUUUCACAAGAUCCAAAUUGUCUCACUGUUCCACAUUUCAUCCUCCCGACGGGAUUUUUUUGCUGCAGAUCUCCGCCGCACUUCGUGGAUCUGUGAGCUGUUAGCUGGAAUUGCUCGCAUUGCUGUUUUCGAGUUAGGGUUUCUGUUUUUUUUUUUUUUUUGGUGUGUGCUUCGAAUUGCGUGUAUUUUGUCGGUGGUGUGUGUGGGUAAUCGACAUGCGAACUUCGUGCCUGCCGGGUGAAGUGAAUGGGAGCGGCUGUGAGCUUCGCCGGAGCCCUAAACUGCUGCUCCGAGCAACCGGCUGCGUUUUUGUUGUUUGAGAAAAAUGUGUGUGAAUUCCAUUCUGGAGAGAGAAGAUGCUCAUUUUUCUUCUUCUUCCUUUGCUCACUUUGCUUCCUACUAAUUUCGGGACUACUUCACCAGCCAUCUACUUAUCUCCAUCUCAGUUACCCCUGCCAUCAUUUGCUCGGAAGAAUUCUCUAACAGAUGUGAGCACUUCAUCGAUAAGUGCAUCUUUUACUCCAUAUGUUGCUGUCCGGGGGCACCAUUUUAAAUACUUAUCACCUGCACCUGCACCUGCCCCGUCUCCGUUUUCCCAAGGUCCACUUGCUGGUCCUACUAGUAGUAAAUUGCCUAGGCAUCGCCACCGUCAGCAUAAAAUCAGAGGUCAUGUAGCUUCUCCGUCUCCUUCCACCUCUCAAGGUUGCGGUCAAACUUGCGUAGAGCCACUUACUUCAGCUCCAUUUGGUUCACCCUGUAUGUGCGUAAUUCCAAUGAGAGUCAGACUUUUGCUUGGGGUAUCUCUCUAUGCUAUCUUUCCGGAAGUCACCGAGUUAGAAAUUGAGGUUGCAGCUGGCACAUAUCUUAAACAAAGCCAAGUAGCAAUAAUUGGUGCUAGUGCUGAUACUCAAAAUCCGGAAAGAACAGUGGUUGAUAUCAAUUUAGUUCCUCUUGGGGAGAAGUUUGAUAAUACAACUGCUAUCCUGACAUACCAAAGAUUUGUGCACAAGAAAGUGCUUUUGAAUAGGACGCUUUUUGGUGAUUACGAUGUAACUAACAUUGCUUAUCCAGGGCUACCUUCUUCUCCAUCUGGCAGCUUAUUUGGUGACGGUCCUACUGGAAGUGUUGGAAAUCAGCAAUACCCUAUCAGUGCUGAUUUUGUCGGCAGAAACCGGAAAAUGAACCCUCGAAUAAUCAUUGUCAUUGCUCUGUCAGCAUUUGUUCUCUUGGUGGUUUGUUGUGCCACAGUGGCUGUCCUACUAAAGUGCAAGAGUGCACGCAAACUGUCCAAUGCUGUUGGUCCAGCAUUCACAUCGUCCCUGAACAAAAGAUCUGCAGGACUAGGGUCUAUGCUGUCAAGUAGCCCCACCAGCUCAAUCUCAGCCUCUCUCGUUUCAACCAUGCCCGCUUCUGUUCUCUCCGUGAAAACGUUUUCCCUGGCAGAGCUUGAAAAAGCCACAGCAAAAUUCAGCGGAAAGAAGUUGUUGGGCGAAGGAGGAUUUGGACGUGUUUAUCACGGGAUUAUGCAAGAUGGAACUGAGGUUGCUGUGAAAUUACUGACAAAGGGCAAUGAAAAUGGAGACCGUGAAUUCAUUGCGGAAAUCGAGAUGCUAAGCCGGUUGCAUCACCGCAACCUUGUGAAACUAAUCGGCAUAUGCGUCGAGCAACGCACGCGCUGCUUGGUCUAUGAGCUAGUUCCAAACGGCAGUGUCGAGUCCCAGUUACAUGGCGGUGAUAAUAGCAAGGGAGUUCUUGAUUGGGAUGCACGUUUAAAAAUUGCUCUAGGUGCAGCAAGAGGAUUAGCUUACCUGCAUGAAGAUUCUAAUCCUCGUGUUAUUCAUAGAGACUUCAAAGCUAGCAAUGUUUUGCUAGAAGACGAUUUUACCCCCAAGGUCUCGGAUUUCGGUUUGGCACGUGAAGCAACAGAGGGGAGUCAUCACAUAUCCACCAGAGUCAUGGGCACUUUUGGGUAUGUUGCUCCUGAAUACGCAAUGACUGGACAUCUGCUGGUCAAAAGCGACGUCUACAGUUACGGUGUUGUCUUAUUGGAGCUGCUCUCAGGUAGGAAACCCGUUGACAUGUCACAGCCUCCUGGACAAGAAAACCUCGUUACAUGGGCCCGGCCCAUGCUGACCAAUCGAGAAGGCCUGGAGCAGCUAGUGGACCCCACCUUAGCCGGGACCUACGACUUCGAUGACAUGGCGAAAGUCGCCGCAAUCGCCUCGAUGUGCGUUCACCCGGAGGUGACUCACAGACCAUUCAUGGGGGAGGUCGUUCAGGCACUGAAGCUCAUCUACAACGACACAGACGAGACGUGUGCCGAUGCUCUCAGCCUAAAAGAGUCCUCCGCUCGCGACUCCGACUGCAAAGGGGAUUUCGCUCAGUCAGAUAGCAGCUGGUGGAAUGCGGGGGCUAUCACCCCCCGUCUGAGAUACGGGCAAGCUUCGUCGUUCAUAACAAUGGAGUACAGCUCGGGCCCACUUGAGGAGUUUGAUUCGGGCGGCGUUGCGAUGCCAAUCAGGCAUGGGAAUCGAUCUGGGCCGUUGAGGACUAUCAGGAGUAAUCGGUCUUUUUAUAGAUUGCAGGGGAGUGUGAGUGAGCAUGGGGGUUAUGUUGCGAAACGGGCUUGGGAUGGUGGUGCGGGCUGUGAAGGUUCGUUUUAGGGUUUAUGUGGUUUUCCGUUUUUAAAAGUUGUAUAGUGACGAAGGACCAUUGGUAUUGAGAUGAGUGGUUUUUCGAAUGUAGUGGUUUUUUUAGGUGUUGGGAAUUUGGCGUGGAGGGAAUGGAAUGAGAUAUGGCUUCUAAUUUUGUUGAUCCUAAAAUUCAUUUUUAACUUAUAUAUGGACUAAGCUGUAAUUUGGACUUUGGAAUUCUAGUGUUUGUAUAUGCCAAUGGAUUUUUAAUUCUAGUGUCUUUUUUUUU